CAACGCAGCCAUCAGCCGUAUUUCCUUUGUGAAUAUGUGUAGUUUAAGAAUAUUUCCUCGCAAUGUAUACAUGUAAAUGAUUCCCGAUUGCUCUCGUUCUUCAUGUCACGCCCAAAGCCGUGUCCAACAGUAUGAUCUUAAAUUCCAGCUAGCUUUCCCCCGGACAAGUCUUACCGGUUGUCCUGAGCUGUAAUACGAAGCCAGCUUCCCUGUCGUGUGGUGUCGUGAUUCAGGAGCUCUUGUAGUCUUGGUGACGGAGAGCUUCACUCCCCUCCUCACUUCACCUGUCCUGACCAAAAUCCGCUCUAACUCCGUCAGGGGUGAUUUUUAUUUGACAGCAAGUAUUUUCCCGACAACGGUGACAGCCUACAUGACUGGAAAAAUGCAGCAUCAUCGGGGCUGCACAUCCCUGUCUUGGCCUAUCAAAAAUAUUCUGUAAGAAGCUUGCAGUAAGAAAAACUACAAAUCCCUGCAGGAGAAUUGUAAUAUAAGGGGAUAUUACAGAUUCCAUCAGGUAGAAGUCAUUCUUGAGCACUGCAGCAGCACUAGUGGUACAUAAAAGUAUGUUACAGUGAUUUUUCAUCUGGAUGAUAGUAGCAGGUGUGUGACUGAUCACCAGAUGUGACUGGGAAUAUGAACAUCGUGGCCUAACUCCCUCACACCCUAAAGAUAAAGAUAAGUGUGUGACUGCGGGAUCAACAGUAGCCAUGCAUAGCCCUGCGCCUGAAAUCGUGGCAGGGUACCCAGGUGGAUGUGUGGUGGAUAAAGAUGCCAAUCCGGAGACAACCUUGGGUAGUGCCUACUCUCCAGUGGACUACAUGAGCAUCACCAGCUUCCCAAGGCUGCCAGAGGACGACGUGCUUUCAGGGGAAAACACCCUAAAAUCACGCAAAGAUGAUGACAAUGUCCUGAGUGAGCAGGACACAGACCCAGAUCUGUUCCUGAAGUCGGCUCGACUCCAGCGUCUCCCCUCUUCAGCCUCGGACCUGGCUAGCCAUGAUAUGGCAUCCCUGCGGGAAACCACCACAGACCCCUUUACAGAAGACUGUGCCUGCCAGCGAGAUGGACUGACAGUCAUCAUCACAGCCUGUCUGACCUUCGCCACGGGAGUCACUGUAGCUCUCAUCAUGCAGAUCUACUUUGGAGACCCUCAGGUCUUUAACCAAGGAGCAGUGGUGACAGAUGUGGCCCAGUGUACAUCCCUUGGCUUUGGCAUCCUGGGGAAACAGGGGUCCAGUGUUGACGCUGCCAUCGCUGCUGCCCUCUGUUUGGGAAUUGUUCACCCUCACACCUCUGGUAUUGGAGGUGGUGGAGUCAUGUUGGUUCAUGACAUCCGGAAGAAUGAGACGAGGGUCAUCGACUUCAGAGAGACAGCACCAUCUGCCAUCCAGGAGGGGAUGCUGCAUACAAACCUUGAUCUAAAUCCUGGCCUGUUGGUGGGAGUACCAGGCACACUCAGUGGGAUGCAUCAGGCAUACCAGCUCUAUGGCAGAAUGCCUUGGAAGGAUGUGGUUACCAUGGCAGCAGAUGUGGCCAGAAAUGGAUUUAAUGUUACUCACGACCUCGCUGAAGCGCUUGCUAACAUUAAGGACCAAAACAUGUCAGAAUCAUUUCGGGAUUUGUUCCUCCCCAACGGCCAGGCUCCUCUCUCUGGACUGUUCACCAGACGUCUUGAUUUAGCAGCCAUCUUGGAUGCUGUUGCAGUGAAGGGGAUAUCGGAGUUCUACAGUGGAAACCUGACGCAGGAAAUGGCAGUAGCAGUGCAAGCAAAAGGUGGAGUGCUCACAGAGGAUGACUUUGGAAACUACAGCACGGUCUUACAGCAGCCAGCAGAGAUCACCUAUCAAGGACACCAUGUGAUGGCGGCCCCGGCCCCACACGCAGGUGUGGCCUUGAUUAGUGCUCUCAACAUCCUGGAAGGCUACAACAUCACCAGCCAGGUUCCCAGGAACAGCACCUAUCAUUGGAUUGCAGAGGCUGUAAAGAUAUCUCUUGCCAUGGCAAGUGAGCUGGGAGACCCCAUGUAUGACAGUUCUGUCUCAGAGAUUGUUGCCAAGAUGCUGAGUAAAUCACAGGCUUCCCUGCUCCGCCAGAUGAUCAGCGACUCUCAGACCUUCCCUGUCAGCCAUUACACUCAAUCAUUUACCUUGGAGAAGGGUGCAACAUCUGCCCAAGUCGUGGUCAUGGGCCCAGAUGACCACAUCGUGUCCGUCAUGAGCUCUCUUAACAAACCAUUUGGCAGUGGCAUAGUGACUCCUUCGGGAAUCCUCUUGAAUAGCCAGAUCCUGGACUUCUCCUGGCCUAAUAAAACAAAGAGCUCGUCACCUAACCCUCAUAACCUCGUCAAGCCUGGGAAGAGGCCCAUGUCCUUCCUGAUGCCCACAGCAGUGAGGCCUGCCGUUGGCUUAUGUGGAACAUAUGUAGCCAUUGGAUCCUGCAAUGGAGAGAGAGCUCUCAGUGCCAUCACACAGGUGCUGAUGAAUGUUCUGUCUUCGCGUAAAAACAUGAGUGACAGCUUAGCGUAUGGAAGACUUCACCCACAACUGCAGCCCGACACCCUCCUGGUGGACUCUGAAUUUCUAGACGAAGAUAUGGAGCUGCUGCAGGCCAAAGGUCACAAGGUGGAGAGGAUAGACGUUCUCUCAUUAGUGCAGGGCACCCGGAGAACCAAUGACCUCAUCAUUGGGGUGAAGGACCCACGUAGUGCUGAUGCCUCGGCCCUCACUAUGUCCAAUAUGCCCUAGUGCACCCCUCCUUCCCCCAUACUUACACUUAAUGAAGAAAGCAUAAGAGUAACACUGCAUGAUUGAUGGUUAGCGAGGGAGUAAGGAGGCUCCUCGUCAGCUCAAGUUCAUGGCAAAGUAUUGUUGUUUGACAAAAGAAGUUAACAAAAAGACAAGCAGCUUUGUCUGAGAUUGCCUUGAAGGGAUCUGAUAUGGAUGCUACAACUAAACUAAAACUACAAACGAACACCAUCUCACAUGCUCUGUCUCACAGCCUCAAGCAAUGUUCAGUCCUAGUGUGUAGAUAGUGUUACAAAAUGUCCAUCCCUUAACGGCAUCAGUCAGAGUCUGCAGCCUAUAUUAUGCAGAGCAGGACAGCGAGAUGUAAAUCAUGUUCAUAAAGUCAGAUCUGAUGCAGUCCAGUUCCACUUAAUAGACUGAAGAAGUUUAGAGCGGAUUUACUGAGUGGAUUUGAGAAAAACAAAAUGGAGUGUGUGAGAGUGACUUUUGUAGCUAUCUUCACAAAGUUGAGCGACAGCUAGUUUUUGGCCUGUGCGGUACUGAGCCAGACAUUUGUUACACUCUAAAUAUAGGAACAUUUAUGGUGAAGGGAUUGAUUUGGUGCAAAAAUGUGCAGGCAUGAAAAAAGUAAUAAUGCUGCACAAGGAAGCCACCUCUAACUACACACAUGUGGUUGUUAGUGUGUUCGACCCACCUUUCUACUCUUCAGUUCUUCCACUGCAUUUCACAAUUAUUCCAAAUACCACAGGACAACAUGUGGAAUGGUGUAGGUAAUAAUAUUUGAGCCUGUGAUUAAUUCUUGCAUUGUCACACCUGAAGUAGUCUAUUCUAAACUGAAUGCAGAGGCUAAACCAUUUACUCUCUUGCUCUUUAAAUGGUGUGUAACUGUGAUUAGAUGUUGUGUGUUACAGCUGCUGGAGUUUUAACUGUUAAGAACAAUCAAUGGCUCUGUAGGACCAUGUUAAGACAUCUCAGUUGAUUUCCUUUAACAAGAGCAUUUGCUUCAGUUUCACAGGUGUUAAAUAUUACUAAUGGCAGAAUAAGUGUAUUUAAAUCCGUAAUUUAAGGGGUUUUAGUUGUUGCACAUUUUAGCUUUCUUUUAAAGCUUGUGGCUACUUGUUGUUAGAAUGGAAUGAUCUGAUACUUUACAGAUGGAUUGAAGGUAAUCUGUCUAUUUUUAUAUGAACAUUUGUUGGGCUGUAUACAUUAUUUCUAAUGUUGUAACACAAUGCAGUCAAUCAGCAUAUUUUAAGGCUUAUGUUUAUUUUUUGUGCAUUUGUGUCAUCAUUUUUGGUCAUAUAUUUAAAGUUGGAACCAAUGGUUUUUGUAAAGCAUUGCAUUCUAAAAGCGGUUUUAUCUAAUUCAAGAAUGGCCAAUGCUGACGAUCAAACACGUUCUUAACCUUAUUGUCUCUGUUGGGCACUAGUGCAAUAUGACUGUUGAUGCUUGUUUCCUGUACUGUAGAGUACUUUGCCUUAAGGCACGCAUCUGCACAACACCCGAUAUCUGAUUUCAUGUGCAUUUGUAUCUGAUUUCAAUAAAAAUCAGCACUGUCCAAACCCAAGAAAUAAAAUGU